UUCUAUUCAAAGAGAAGCACCUAAAUUACCCCAGAAACGUAAUCCUCGGAAUAAAGAAAGGAUUAAUUAUAACUUAGAAUCUUUAUCGAAAAAAUCCGUAAGUAUAAAUAGUAUUAACAAUAAUAGCAAUAAUAGUCGGAAACGUAAUCCUCGGAAUAAAGAGAGGAUUAAUUAUAAUAUAGAAUCUUUAUCGGAAAAAUCCACUUUACCUAGUGCUCCUAAAGAGUCAUUCGGGUCGGGUUUGGGGUUGAGCCCGUAUUUGUUCGAACAAACUCGG